GAGUGACACGUGCAGCCUCGUCUCAAUCUGCAGGCUGCAGCCGGUUGUACUUGUAUCUCGGGACUCUCCAGUUUCGGUCUGUUAAAUAGUAAGGUUGCCAAAGCCAUGUUUGUUAGAAGAAACAGUCGAGAAACAGAAAAGGACAGCAGUAUGUAACCUGUGCAGAAGUAACAAUGGAUUCACAAUGUGUGGGUGAAACUGAUGGACUGACCUUCUUUCUGGCCAAAUCCGAGGAUUACGAUGAUGUGAUGGCCAUCUCACAAGACAUAUAUAGUGGCAACGAUUACCUUCCUCAUCGUUAUCACUCCUGGAUGACUGAGCCAGGAAGAGUGGUUAUUAUAGCACGGAGAGGAAGGAAGCUGGUGGCUCUUGAAUCAGGCCUAGUGGUUGAUGGAGGCGAAACUGUAAUAAUUGAGGGAUUAAGAGUGUGCCCAAAGGAAAGGGGCUGUAGUAUAGCUGGAGUGAUCCAGAGAUUUGUUGAUGGCUAUAUAAAGAAGGUCUACCCUAAUGUGAAGACCAAGCGCCUCACCAGAAGAGAUGACCCAGGGCCUGAAAAACUGCGCAAGUUCACACUUUUAGCCAGACGGGCCGCUCUUUCUCUGCAGGGGGAUUCUGAAGGUUUUAAUAGAUUUGUCUCGGAUCUGAAGGAAAAACUGGUUGUGUCAGAGGAGACCAACGGCAGCUGUCCUUUAGUGCCAGUUAAGAACUUGGAUGCUCUUAAGGCCUUUCUAUUUGAUUCAGAUUUGCCAUCCAGACUUCAGCUUCCAGGGGGCGCUAUCAUCCAGGACUGUCAGCCCUUAAAACUCAUGGAAAGUAACCUUCACAUCUUGGCAAGGCGAAACCUAACAUGGUUUGUAGAUGGUUCUGGUAAGAAACCCUUGUUCAUGAGCUUCCAUACACCUCCCUAUCCUAUUCCGUAUAACGGAGGUUCUCUAUGCUUUAUUAUCGACCUGUUUGGGACGGAUACUUCUUUAGCAAAGAAGGCACUAACAACUCACCUGAACAGUGUGAAAAGUGAGAUUCAAGGCUUGGUUUGGGUUCAUAUUUUUAUGCAUCAGACUCUAUGGAAAGAUUUAAAGCAGUUUUGUGAGAGCCAUGACAUGGAAGUGAAGCUGUCACAUAAAUCCUGGGAGCAGCUCUUUUUGGAAAAAGAGCUAUUAUAACAUCUAUAGGAUGGAGAAAAGAAAUAGAUGCCAGCGAUAAAGAAAGAUUACAUUGUUUGAUGAUUGAAGUUGUAAUUAGUAAUUAGUUGUCAACUUUGCUUGAACUAUUUGUUCAACAAAUUAAAUAGUUUUAAGAUACUGUAAAAUUGAAGAACUUUUGUAAUUUAUGUAUGCCCUUAAGAAAAAAAAGGAGUUUAUUCAAGUGUGCUAA